AUGGAUAUUGCGUCUGGAUCCAAACAGAAACGUAAGCAGAGAACGCUUACGUUGGUUGAGAAGGUUAAAAUUAUAGAGGAUUUUGAAAAUGGCGGUGACACACACGAAUCGCUUGCUAGAAAAUAUGGUGUAGGAUCGUCCUCUGUAACUCGAUUCUUGCAGCACAAGGAUGAAUUGCGAGCCAAACUAGUUGUUUAUAGAGAACACGGUAUCCAAAGUCGAAGAACGUUGAAGGAGCAGCAUUUACCUCUAAUGGAAGAAUCUCUUUAUUUAUGGAUUCUCCAACAGAGGGAAGCCAAUAUUAUUGUUACAUCAGAAGCACUACGGGUGAAGGGAGAAUUGUUGUUGCAUGAGAUUCAGAAACACGGGUAUUACGUGGGGCAGAAUUUUGCAUUUUCGGAUGGAUGGGUACGAAGUUUAAGAAACCGUUUUGGAUUGCAUGUAAAGCGUGUAGCUGAAGAAAAAGCUUCCGCGGAUAUAGGCGCAUACUUGAAGUUUAAGGAGAUUUUGAUGACGAGAAUUGUCGAAUCGGACUUGAAAAAGUGCCAAAUAUACAACGCUGAUGAAUCUGCUAUUUUUGUAAAGUUGCUAGCAUCACGAAGUGUAGUCCUUGCAAACGAGACAAAGGCAUCUGGGCGUAAAUUAAACAAGAUGCGCUAUACAUUCAUGCCAUGUUGUAAUGCCGAUGGCUCAAAUAAACUUAAACUGAUGUUUAUCGGAUCCGCGGCCAAACCACGCUCGCUUGCUACCAAGGAACUUCUACCCGUAUCAUAUUAUAAUUCCAAGAAAGCUUGGAUGACGCGAGAGCUUUUUCGAACAUGGUUCUAUCGCGAAUUCGUACCAACGGUAAGGGAGUUCUCCAAGGAAUUUAAUUUAGAGCCCAAGGCGUUACUGGUGCUUGAUAAUUGCACAGCACAUUACGACGGAGGAGACGAUUUGAAAUCGGAUGAUGGAUUAAUUGAGGUAAUUUAUCUACCACGAAACGUUACUUCCGAGUGUCAGCCUAUGGACCAGGCAGUGAUUAACGCUAUAAAAUUGAGAUACAAACGGAAGCUUAUGCUUAAAUUAGUACUGGAAGAUGAGGAUCUCAAGUUCGAAGGCCGACUUAAAAAAAUCUCACUACAGCAGAGUAUUGAUUGGUUGUCAACCGCGUGGAAUGAAAUCAGUACUUCUACAAUUGAAAACUCGUGGAAGAAACUGAUCGCUCAUUUUCCUAAAAGCGAUUGGAGUUCAGUGGAUGCUGGUGAGUCCGACAAUGGAGAUGACUUAAAAGCUCUGAUCACGGCAGUAGAUGCUCUGGCUGGCACCACUACGUCCAGUGAAGAGAUCGAAUCAUGGAUAGUCGACCAUGUUUACGAUUAUGAUAAAAACCCGGCAUGGCUCACGAGUGCAGUGUUCACCGAUCAAGAAAUAGUCAAUUCUGUGCUAGGAUUAAACGAUUCACACUCUAUAGAUUCUUACCCGGAAGAAUCAGCCGACAAUACAUCAUCUGCAAGUGUAGAAGAGCAGCAACAGGAACCAGAGUUUACGCGAGCUAUUCAAUCUUUGGACUGUUUGAUGCGUUUCGUGCAGAAUGACGCCUCGGACGUAAGCCGUUUCAAAUCAUUGAGAACAAAGUUGAUCGAAAACGAAUGGCGUAAACGAACUUUAUAA